AUGGCCAGCGUUGAUCAGUCCCUUCUGGGGACCUUCCAGAAACACAUAGAGGACAUGCGCACCAACUGGUUCGGUGGUGCACAGGGUAGGAGGAAGAAUCGAAAUUGCCCCGAUUGUAGAGCUGUCGUCACCAUCCAACCAUCACCCAACUAUCUUCUUCGCGACUUGGUCCACAUGUUUAUUGGUCGAGUCGAGUUAUUACCCGAAGAUGAAACAUUCGAAGAACAUCAGCAAGGAAAAGAAGAGGAAGCAGCCUUACUUGCAGCAGAUCGGGCUGGACCUGGUUUGUUCAAAGGCGCCUUCGUGCGGCAAUCACUUCUUCUCCGACUAGGUGGGGGUGGAGUCCUCGACCCGGAAGAUAAUGUCUAUCGUUGUCCUGAGUGUCACUGGGAGUUGGAGGAUGGAGAGUGCCUGCAGUGUGGUUUCCGUGAAUAUGAGGCCGGUGGAGAAAGCCUUUCAGAUUCCAGCGAUGACCUAUCCGACGACCCCAGUCUCGCGACAAUCCACACUGAUUACGAUUCGGAAGGCCACGAAAUGUCUCAUCUAGACGCGCACACGAUGGCCGGGCUUCAUGAUGACAGAUUCGCAGAUCUAGCACCUCCCUAUUGGGGUAAUGAGAGUGAUGAAGAAGAUGACGACGAUGACGAGGACAUGGACGGUUUUCUGGACGACGAAGACGAUGGGAUUGACUCGGACGACGACCAAGCCAGCCAAGCCACAUUGACUGAUGCACAUCACCACACAUUUCAUAAUGCAAAUCACCGUGCAGCCCAUCACCGCCACCAGCACAUUGAGGUGGAUCUGCGCUCGCCCGAUCACCAUCGCACAGACGAUACGGGCACACAAACUACUAACUAUGACGAGCAGUCGGAUGUUGCGACAAAUUACGAUGAACAAACCGAAGAGUCGGACCAAGAGGACGAUAUUCGACCGAGUCAGAGAGCCUCGAGGAGACCCACUCGAAUCAUCAUCAGUGAUGAUGAAGACGAUGGCGAUGGAGAACACGAUGGCGGACCCGACGGUGAACCUGAGUCUUCCAGCGACUCAGAAGAAACCAGCGGAGACCCGGACAGUAGUGAUGGCUCAGACGAAGACGAUUCUGAUGAUGGCGGAAACGGUGCUGCCCAUGGUGGUCCUGAGGACAUGGAUCAACAUUACAAUACCGAGGAUGGCGAUUCAUUUUCAGAUAAUUCCGAUGGCACGGAAAUACAACCACCACAAUCCAUAGCACGUCGGAGGCAACAUCUGCAGAACCAACGGUCAAGAAGAGCAGACACGAUGCGAACCAAGUCUGAUUACCGGACCGAUAUGAGCAAUGCUACCCUUGAGAGACUCGGCCAUGCAGUAUUCAGGAACUCGAUGAGCCGAGAUAUCCGCAAUGCACGUCGAGGACGUCGUGCUAUCUGA